CCCCUUCUCUUCCUUCAUUCCCCCCCUCCCCACCAUACUCUAAUUUUCUCAGUCUCACUCUUACUUUCUCUCUCUUCCUUUUUGUGUUUAUUUUUUUUUUCUCUUUGCUAGAAUGGACAUGGAAUCCCCAGAAGAAUUCACUGGCUCCAACGAUCACACCCUGAUUUUAAGACGUAAGCGUACUAAGCGAGAAAGGCCUCCCUCUCCCUCUCCCCCGGCGCCAACAACCUCUACCGCCUCUAGCGGUGGCGGUGGCAGUGGCGGUGGCGGUGGCGGUGGCAGUGGAGAUUUUUAUUCUUCUUCAAUUCCAUCUCCGACAACCUCCUCUGGUGAGAUUUCCACUAGCGUGGAUGAAGAUGAAGACAUGGCCAAUUGCCUAAUUCUCUUAGCUCAAGGUGUUGGGCCAACAGGCCCAACAACGCUAGAGGAAGAGGGCACAACAACAAUUGGAAAAGUCCGGUUCUAUGUCUAUGAGUGUAAGACUUGCAACCGGACUUUCCCUUCAUUCCAGGCCCUUGGGGGCCACCGAGCCAGCCAUAAGAAGCCUAAAGUGGAAGAGAAGAGGAUAAUUCUUGUGACACCGCCAUCACCAGAAGAAGAAAAAGAAGAAGAAGCGCGAUUCAAUAAAUUUAGUCCACCACCUCCUUUGCUUCAAACGGCUACCAAAUCUUCGUUUAUCAGUAACAAGCUUAAGGUACAUGAGUGUUCGGUAUGUGGAUCGGAGUUUUCCUCCGGGCAAGCCUUGGGUGGUCAUAUGAGGCGGCACAGAGCUCCUCCGAACACCAGAAUCACCAUGAUCGCCGAUACAAGCCCUAUUGAAUCCCAGAAAGAAAGUGACAAGCCAAGAAAGAUACUAUCACUUGAUCUCAACCUACCAGCACCACUAGAGGAUGAUGAUGGUCAUGAUCACAUAGAUUCCAGGUUUCAAUUCACACCAAACAAACAAGGUCUUGUAUUCUCCGGCCCGGCCUUGGUGGAUUGCCAUUACUAGCUAAAAAAAAAAAAAAAAAAAAAAACAAAUGUACCAUUAUUAUUAAUCAACUAUUGUUUAUAUAGUAAUUAAUUCUUUGAAUUAUUUCUCUUUUUGUUUGUUUGUUUUGGGUUAUUUGUUUUAUUUAAUUUUUUUCCCUUAA